AUGUCUGCAGAUCCCGCAAUGAUCAACAUCGCUAAAGUGAGCGACUGGCUCACACAGAAUGCAAACGAGCACAUCUACCCAAGACUCUUUAGCUUGAUGUCUCCAAAUGGCACACUAUUAGCGUACUCAAAGCCUGUCCAGACCAAGGAGCUUCGCGAUCAGGCUGCCCUGAUAUCUAUGACCUGGAAGGACAACUGCCAAGGACGUCAGAAGCCAUCGACCCGCAAUGGAGCUACCCAGGACCAGUCGCUGCAACCCGCACUUAGGACACUCACCAUCGAGACUCCGGAUUGUAAUAUUAUCGUACGCCUAUUGCAACCAGAGCUACUGCUCGUUCUCAUCGGUAGAAUCGCUCCCGGCAAGAAGCAGGGCUUCAAGAUUUCGGCCGAGGGACAGGGAGACCCACGCUACCCAGAGGCAGACGACCCAGUUUCACGUCCUGGUUCAAGCAACGAACAGCAUUUGACCAUCAAAGGGAAAGCACCCUCAUUACUUAGCAACAUGAGCCAGCGCGAUAGGGACCUCAGGAGCGGCGCACUUCACGUCCAGCGGAAAAGAUUAGACGCCCUGGCUGAGUACGUCUUGCAAGACUUUGGCGACACUGGAUUUGUCAUGCCCGCAGAUGCAGACCUUCAGUAG